AUGUUGUCCUCCUCGUGGUGCUCUUCGGAAGAGACGCAUUCGAUGACGUCGUCGCGAAAGGGCUCUUGGCUCGUGGCGAAAAUCGACGAGAACGAGGUGGACAAGGAGGUUCAGGAGCAGAUGGACACGUGGAAACGGAGCCAUCCGGACAGAGGACACGUGGAAUGCGUGCAGACGGCACUCGAAUACUGUCGCGCACAACUGAAAGAGCUGCUCGAGGAGGAGGAGGAAGACGGGGAGACGGAGGCGCAGGGAGCCUCGAAACCGAGUGAGACAUCAGCGGAUUAUCAAUCUAGGAAUGAAGUAUAUUCAGUGAAAGUUGCAGUUUCAUAGGAUCAUCUCAUCUAGAAACGCAAGAUUUCAACGAUGGAUUGAAUUGAAACUGUCAAUGAAGAUACUCCAUUCCUAGAUUGAUAAUAAUGUAAAGUUAAUCGAGGGCUUGGUAUGGACAUACGUUAUUUUCAGUAAACAUAAUAAACCCGAACGAAGAGAGAGAUGUGCUCGGAAACCUGCCCACCUUCCUGAAUCGCGAACAAAAAGCGCUCCGCAAACAGAUGUAUUUCGAUAAAAUCGUUCAGCUCGGGCUUGAACGGCAGGCUCUUCAGGUACACAACUUUUUUUUUUUAAACCAACACUGUCUUUGUGUCUAAUUGUAUUUAAAAAAAAAAAAACUUUUCUCCGUUUGCAGGACGAAGCAGGAACUUCGUGCCCCGAAGACUCGCUCGUGCGCUCCGAAGGACACGAGUUCGAGAUGCAACCGGUGCGCGGCGGCCACAAUCCGUGUUGCGAAGUGUGUAUGCACACCAUCUGGCGACUUGUGCAGUGGUGGCGACGCUGUAGAGGUUAGCCGCCGCCGAUUCUAUACGUUUUCUGGCCUAAAAACGCUCACACGUUUUGCAGUGUGCGGAAUGCGGGCCCAUGACAAAUGCGCAGAGGAGGUGAAGAGAGUGUGUGCGGGCGUGCUGGCCGCCCGUUCCCAAUUCGAACUGAACACGACGUUGUGCGACGAGCGGAGCCUCGCCGAGCAGGGAUACCAGUGCGCCGAGUGCGCGGCGCCCAUCUUCUUCGAUGGAACCGCCGAGCAAGAGGCGCGGCUCUGCGACUACAGCGGAGAACUCUUCUGUCCCAGUUGCCAUUGGAACGACGUGUGGAGUGUGCCCGCCAGGUAUUGUCUUCUUCGAAGCGCGUUUUUUCUUGAAAAUUCAUGUAAAGCUGCCCGUUUUUUAGUACUUGUCUGUUCAGAAUCAUCCACAACCUGGAUGCGACGCCGCGUCCGGUGUGUCGAGCCGUCAAACAACUGUUGUCGAUCGUCGACCAUCGGCCACUCAUCGACAUUAACGAAUCGACGCUCUCGCUCAUCAAAUUUCAUAAGGUAGGACCCGGAAAAAGCGAUAGGAAACUCGAAAUUGCCAAGUUUUGUCGGUUUUAACUCGAACGAGCAAAUGUAAAAGUUUUGGGGCGAGCACGCGCUCUACCGCACUUUGCGCCACUGAUUUUCACAAUUUUCAGGAACUACGGCGGGUAAACGAGCUGCGCCGCAACUUUCUGCUAAUGAAGUGCUACUUCGUGAGCUGCCGCACCGCCCGGCGUCUCCGCAUCCUCCAGUACCUACAAACCCACUCGCAUUUCGUCGACUCGUCCGUCAUGUACUCGCUGAAAGAGCUCCGCGAGUUGUGCGAAGGCACUCUGCUGCCGGAGCUCGAGCAGAUCCACACCGUCUUCCGCAAACACAUUGAGGAGGAGUGCGAGACGUGCGCCGGCAACGGAUUCUUCUGCGAACUCUGCGACGAUUCGACGGCGGCCGAGCAGAAGGGCAAAGUGCUGUUCCCGUUUUCGGAGAACACUCGCGCCUGCGCCACGUGUCUUGCCGUAUAUCACAAGAAGUGUUUCGAGCGCAAAAGCAUGAACUGUCCCAGGUAAUUUGCGCGUAUUUUGUUCGGUUUUUCUAAACCCAUUUUUCAGAUGUGAACGUCGCAAGAAACGAAGUGAAUUACCGACGACGUUGAGCACGAGCAGCAGCAGCGACGAAAAAGCGGAGAAUGUGAAAGAAGAGGAGAAAAAUGAGGAGACGACUGAUAAUCUGUGAUAUUAAUCCGUUCCCACUGUUGCACGACUUUUUUAUUGUUGCGAUUUCCUGACAUUGUGAUUCUUGUAAAUACACGCAUUCUGAUCGAUAUUCAUUUCGAAAACGCAGCAUCUUCACCUACGCGCUGCGCACAUCUUUUGGCUCAUUUACUCUUUCUUCUUUCAUUACACAUUUUAUAUUUGCAUUAAGGUUCCGCAUGAAAAUGACUGUUAUUUUUGUUUUUCCUUCUCAUUUGUUUUAAUUGAUUUUAAUGAUUUUAUAGAUGAGCACACUGUCCAGCAGCUCUGAGCCAGUGCAGACGAUCCGGGAGACGAGCAAAAUGGAAGAAGAGAAGAAAAGCAGCGAAAUGGAGGAAGAAACGCCGAAGCCGUCGAGACACGGAUCGUCUGAAGAAAAGGAGAGCCAGGCAAACAUGGUCGGACGGAAGAGAAAAGGAAAAGAGGAAAUCAACGAAAAGGAGAUGAAGUUGAGAAGAACCCGAGUCGCGAGGAGACUUUUCGCCUAA